AAGCAAACAGACAUAAGUAGCGAAUUCAAUCAGCAUAAUGACUAUGGCUCUUGCAGCUGAGUACUUUUUAAACACUUUAAGCCAGCCAUAUGGCAGCAGCUUUUGGGUGGCAGCCGCUGCAUCCUUGGUACUUAUAUGCUACGUGGUAUACGAUACUAUUUAUAACUUAUUCCGUUCUCCAUUGGCAUCAUUCCCUGGACCAAGGCUCUGGGCCGUGUCCAAUAUCCCUCGCCAGAUAAGCAUAUUGGGAGGCCAUAGCCAUUUGAAAAUGUUGGCCCUUCAUCAUCACUACGGCUCUGUUGUGCGAGUUGGCCCCAAUGAGCUCUCAUUCAACAGCCCCCAAGGCUUUCGAGACAUCUACGGCCUCCGUCGUGGACAGCCGCAGUUUCAAAAGGAUCCUAAGUUGUAUGGGUCGCCGUUGAGCGGAAUUAGUAACAGCAUUGGCGGGUAUAUCGAUAGCGAAUCACACUCUAGGCACAGACGAUUGCUGUCCCAUGCCUUCUCUGAGCGGAGUCUACGUGAACAGGAAGGGAUAGUCGUAUCUUAUGUUGAUCUUUUUAUCCAGCGGCUACGAGAGAGAACUAAUGUUAAUAAAAUUCAUAUAGCAGAAGAAGACCUCAGAAGCUGGUUCAAUUUCACCACCUUCGAUAUUAUCGGUGAUCUUAUGUUCGCAGAGACCUUCGAUUGUCUCAAGGACAGUCAACUGCAUCCGUGGAUCGCUCUCAUGUUCAACAACGUGAAGGGUGUCGCGUUUCUUGGAGUGUUGAACGAAUAUGCACUGUAUAGGAAGAUACAAGGGGCUCUCUUACCAAAAUCUCUGAAACGGAAAAUGCUGGAAAAUCACAAGCUUUGUGCCCAGAAAGCAGACCGCCGGCUUCAGAAAGGAGCCUCUCGCCCUGACUUCCUCUCUUUCGUGGCGGCUAACGCAGACAGUAUUACCAUCGCAGGGAGCGAAACGACGGCGUCGCUGCUAUCUGGAUGUCUCUUCUACCUCUGCAAACAUAAGGACAUUAUGGACCGACUCAGUAAGGAGAUCCGUACCACAUUUUCUAAAGAUGAGGAAAUCACGUCACCCAAAUGUUUCCACCUUAGCUACCUCAACGCAGUCCUUAAAGAAUCCCUCCGUCUGUAUCCACCAGUGGCGGCAAGCCUUCCACGACUAGUCCCUGAAGGCGGGUGUACAAUUGAAGGCCACUUUGUUCCAGAAAACGUAACCGUUUCCACCCACCAUUACGCAUCAUACCAUACUAGAGCAAACUUCACGUUCCCCGAGCAAUUCAUUCCCGAGCGAUGGCUGGGGACUGACGAUAGGUUCGACUCUGACAGAAAGGAUGUGGUGCAGCCUUUUAGUUUGGGCCCCAGAGAUUGCCUGGGCAAAAACUUGGCACACAUGGAGAUGCGUUUGAUGUUGUCCAAAUUGCUGUUCAAUUUCGACAUAGUCCUCACUGCGGAGAGUGAGAAUUGGGAUAGGCAGAGGAUUUUUAUUAUUUGGGAUAAACCAGCACUGAUGGUUAGAUUGACUGACAGGUUUGCCUGA